UACAUAGAAGGAUCUAAAAUGAUGGGAGUGAAAUAUACCGAGAAGGUGGGGCACGUCAUACGGGUCUUUACAAGUUAGUGGAAGUGAAAUAUACCGACAUUACUUCUUGGUGGCCAUCGAGGCUGGCGUUUCACAUGUUGUACAACCAUUAUUUCUUACACGGCAUCUGACCUCCUCCCUGAUGGAGGGAGUGACUAUCGUCCUGAUCGGCAUAGUUCUGACCCUCGGACAGCCCGGACUCUCCCUAUUGAAUUUGUCCGAGGGACGCCCAACAAAGUCAUCAGAUUAUCGGGAAGGAAAGGGACCUUCCAGUUUAGUUGUUGAUGGAAACGAUUCCGACUUGUUAAACGAUCCGAAUAAUGCAGCCAUCCCACAAUGUCUGUACACCAUAAAAAACCAGAAAACCACCUUCUGGCAGGUUGAUCUUGAGCAAACGGUCGUAAUAGAUCAUGUGGAAGUCAUAUUCAGGAAAGGAGGAAAUGACCAGAAUACGCAUCAAACACGUCGGAAUGGAUACUCCAUCAUUGUGACGGCGUCUUCCACAUAUCUACCCAUUACACAGGCCGACAUUUGUUACAGUGACACGAACCCUGCACUAAGUAGUGCAAACCACGAAAACCAGUCCUGUAGUAACAUAGGACGUUACGUAACUUUGUACAACCAAAGGGAGACACUCUCUGGAUCAGACUAUAGUAACAAUGCAGUUCUGGAAUUGUGUGAAGUCAAGGUAAUGGGUUGUCCUAAAACAAAACAUGGCCCAAACUGUGCAGAAGACUGUCCAGCACACUGUACCAACAAUCUAUGCUACCCCGGAAAUGGAAUCUGUAUGCGAGGUUGUGAACAAGGCUACACCGGAUCCACGUGUGACAAACUGAAUUUGUCCGAGGGACGCCCAACAAAGUCAUCAGAUUAUCGGGAAGGAAAGGGACCGUCCAGUUUAGUUGUUGAUGGAAACGAUUCCGACUUGUUAAACGAUCCGAAUAAUGCAGCCAUCCCACAAUGUCUGUACACCAUAAAAAACCAGAAAACCACCUUCUGGCAGGUUGAUCUUGAGCAAACGGUCGUAAUAGAUCAUGUGGAAGUCAUAUUCAGGAAAGGAGGAAAUGACCAGAAUACGCAUCAAACACGUCGGAAUGGAUACUCCAUCAUUGUGACGGCGUCUUCCACAUAUCUACCCAUUACACAGGCCGACAUUUGUUACAGUGACACGAACCCUGCACUAAGUAGUGCAAACCACGAAAACCAGUCCUGUAGUAACAUAGGACGUUACGUAACUUUGUACAACCAAAGGGAGACACUCUCUGGAUCAGACUAUAGUAACAAUGCAGUUCUGGAAUUGUGUGAAGUCAAGGUAAUGGGUUGUCCCAUAAACAAACAUGGCCCAAACUGUGCAGAAGACUGUCCAGCAAACUGUACCAACAAUCUAUGCUUCCCCGGAAAUGGAACCUGUAUGCAAGGUUGUGAACCAGGCUACACCGGAUCCACGUGUGAAAAACCGUGUGACGAUUACUACUUCGGACAAGACUGCGCUUCGGAAUGUUUCUGUAAGAACGCAACAUGUGACAACGUGGGAGGCAAGUGUCCUCCUGGAGGAUGUGAUCCUGGAUACAAUGGGACAUCAUGCAGCACGGGUAACUAUCGUAAACGUCUAAUUGAACUGAUACAAACAACAUUACAUUUUACCGACCCUGGCUACUCUAUAAACGUCUAAUUGUACUGAUACAAACAACAUUACAUUAUAGCGACCCUGACCACUCUGUAAACGUCUAAUUGUACUGAUACAAGCAACAUUACAUUAUAGCGAC